CAGCAGCAUUCAGGCGAAACAGAGUUGCUAAGCGACCAGUCAUAACACAACAGAUUCGGACGUUAGCAGAUGUAGCAAUGUCUUCCAAUUACUCAGCCAACCAGUAUGAGGGCACCUUCGGAUCCAAGAGGCUGCAGAACUGGUGCACAUCUAAAGGCUUUAAAGAGCGACCCAGUGCUCAUGUGGGUCACACUUCCUUCAUUGUGAACAGCAGGGGUCAUCUGCUCCCAACGGUGAAGAAAGGCGUAACCUGGCCAGAUUUUAAGGGCACUUGGGAUUUGCCUACUCGUAUCCCAGCCAACCACAUCAACCCAACUGCCCGGUCAAAGGAUGGUCUCAGGAGACUCAAGUUGUGGGGAAUCUGCCCACCGGAGGAGGGGAAAUCCCAAUCAGGCAGAGGCAGCAGAAACACAGAUGUUGACAAGCAGACCAGUGAGGAUGCACCUCAGCAGGCUGCUGACCCGCCUAAAGAAGCUGAAGUCCGGUCGGAGUCUCAGAACCGCUCCGUCGCUGGGAGUGGGAGCCAGGGCUCACAGAGAGGUGAGCGUGGAUCUCCUGCUCAAGAAGACCUUCAAGCCACACAGCAGGACAAGCCAACAAGUGCAACUGAAAAGAGUCCGCCUGUGACAAGUAGAGUUGGCAGUGACGCCCAAGACAUACCGGAGUCCAUAUUGGAAACACCCCACACAAUGAUAAGGUACACCAAGGCAACUGUAAUGAAUAAAGAGUGACAUUAUAAAACAUG